GUAUUUUAUAUCUACUGUUUUUUUUAUUUAUUCUUUAUAUAUAUACAUAUACAUUCAAAUCUCUCUCUCUCUCUCUCUCUCUCUCUCUCUCUCUCUCUCUGUGAACUGUACAUACGUAACUCCGAAUAUCAAAUGCGCACAUGUGUUUCAUACGUGUACAAAUCGUUACUCAUCAUUACCGCGAAAAUAAUUAUUCCCACCUGCUAAACGCGAUCGCAGUAUCGAUAAUACAUUUUGCGUGCUUCUCCCCGUUCAAUAAUUCCGAAUUAGAGGCACGUCACGUUGUUUCGCGAAGAGCGUUAUUCAGUUUCGUAGGGAGGGGGUGAAAAAAAAAUAAACGAUACAUUUCUCUCCGGGCCAAUUCCCGGAACAGUUCGUUCGCUUGCUUGUUCGUUCAACGCGCCGUGUGAAACAAACAGUAGGGCGGAGUGUAUAGUCAGAGACAGAUGCUCCACUAACAGACAACCACCAGCUCAUUGCCGAAGACGUUUCGCGACAAAGUACAUACAAACGGAGACGUACUCGAUUAAAUACUAGCGUCCCGCUUAUAUCUAUCCGUUCGUUUUUGGCACCCGCACCGCGUGUUGUCGACACGUGAGGAGAUAACCUUGCCGAUAGUCUCACACUAGGUGCUGCACGGAAGACUUGAGGUAUCUAAAAAUUUAGCACAAUACAGAUCUAAAAGUAAUUUUAUUACUUACGCGAAAAUAAUUACGAAGAACGUUCGAGCCUGAUGAAUAACGUCGUAAAAAGUUCUGAUAUUCUGGCAACCAACCUUCUGUAUAAUUAUUUUGUUCUAAAAAUAGAUACACUGGAACCCCGCGUUAGCGGACUGUUCGGGGCUUUCGUCCGCUAACGCGGGGUUAUCUCCUAUUGCUUGGUUUCACUCCCACUCCGUGAAAUACGCGACUGCACUGCUCAUUGCUAUCCCCCACACACGCUACUCAUGUGGGCCGAGUGCAUAUGGAGGGGAUAGUUUCUGCUAACGCGGAGUACGCUAACGAGGGGUUCCAGUGUAUUUUUAGAUUUGUAUGUUCUACUAAAUUUUUAAAUACGUUAGCAAAACUUUUUGUGGUACCGAUUUGAUUCUGCGUCAGUACCGUUUUCUACCAAACUUGGAAUAAAGUAAGGGUAUCAAGAAUUUUUUCAAGGAAUGGAGUUAUAAAUGUCUCUCUCCUUUUGAUUUUAAAUGAAAACAUCUUGUUCUUGAUUUUUUUAAUAGAAAAAUAUUAAGUUUUACAAAUCAUAACUUUAAUUUCUUUCAUUAAAACCAAUAUAUGUAGUUCUUUAACAUCGCUAUUAUUAUUAUUAUUACGUACAGAAUAUUUUCUCCAUGACUUUUUAGGAAAAAGUUAUAAAAAAAAAGAACAGAAAGGUUUCCUGUCUUAUAAGAAAUAUUGCUAUAAGUAUUAAAAGUGUGAUAAAAAUAAUGCAUAGGAUAAAGAUUAUUCAAUAAAGUUCAUAAAAUUAUUAAAGAAUUGCACGACAAUUUCUUCUUUCGAUUUAACACGUCUUCAAUAUUUUAUGUGAUAAGAAAAAAAAUGUAUUCAGAUCAAAAACAAAGUUGUAUUCUUUUUUAUAAUUGAAAACAAGAAAUGAAUAAAAAAUGUCGAAUCUUUCAAACACCCGCCUUUGAAUAUAUGCCUUCGGACAAGAUAGUGUUGGAUCAAUCGAUAUCGUUUCGGAUUCUCAAUCGCGUCAUCCGCCGCAUUUAGUUCACGUGCGCGAUUUAACGCAAGUUCUCGGCAACGAGGGUACUAUGCUUUGAAUCGCGUCGUGGGCGACUGCGAGCGUAGGUAAGAGGCUUCCCUUUGCUUCCUCACGACAAGAUCCAAUAGAUCUGAGCUCGGGAGGUCUUUCUUCCUCUUCUCUCCGAAGUGGCCAACGGUGGCUUUUCGCGGAUAAAAGGAGCUUCGCUCGACGAGUGCCUCGUAAUGCUUUCGCAUUCGUCGUCAACCGUCGCCUCGAUGUUCCGUCAUAUUUUUUCCAUCUCCGCCUCGUUCUGCUGACGUAAAUCGCGUAUAACACUGCACAUCGCGCCGCGCCGUGCCGUAGCGCGAAGAUCGAUGAUGCAACUCCAGAGAUGCGUUACGAUUACGCGGCAAGUGCAUCCGCGAGCGAAACGUCGCGGUCGUAAAAGAGUUGCGAACGGAGAAGAAUUGAGCCUGUUGUCCCGUACACGAGUUCACUUUACGCGCAACAGCGAAUACCUGAAGGGGGGGAAAAAAGGAAUAUCUCACACGCCCGAAGUUUUGCGUUUCGAAAGAAGUCCCGGAGUUACUUCCUUCAGUUUAACAACAAUUUCCGGAUUGCCAUUGGCAAAUGUUUGUAGCUUACGCCAAUGCACCACAGGACGAGUCGUUUACACGACGAUGAAGCAUAGAUUACGGAACGGACGUCCGUAGGAUUGACGAUGCGAAUGAAACGAUGUUUUAGGCAACGCUAAUUGUCAUGGUAAGUGCCACGAUGUUAAAUUAGAAGCGGUAGGAGAAAUCUCGCAGUAAGUCGUGUCGUUAGUCGGAAACUGUGAAACUUGAAAACGCGACGCUUUUAAUAAGCGUUUAAUACGACCACGCGGUUUCACGUCUCGAAAGAUGGCGGGCGUAAGAGUCAGAUAUCUUUUUUUUCCCUCAAUUGACAGCUCUCCGUUGACGAGCUUAUAAUGCGGCUUGGAAUGGCGCGCGUCAUCGGCGAACAACACGCAAUACGCAAUAAUUGGAGAAACGUGUCAAAAGUUGCGCCGACACGCUUCACGUGAGUUUAACAUGCGAUUCUUUGAUAUUGCUCGCGACCGCCACCGGCGAACUGCCACUAGUGCCACUUCUCAGCUUUGCCCCGCUUUGACGUCUAAAUAACACGGAAAUAUCUGCAACGUCUUCCGCGCGACGCGUGUAUACA